GGCGCCAGCCCGGUCGCAUCCGUUCUGGUUUCUCUCUUUCAUUCUCCCACAUCCUGGUGUGGGAAACGUUGACACAAUGCAUAUCUUCACUAGCCGGAGACUAAUCAGCAGUUUGUUAAUUGUUUGUAUUGUGCUGUGGUUUUCAUGCUUUAGACAUGGUGACGGUUCCUGGAUUGGUACCUCCACGACGAAUCCAACCGAUUCAGAUGCGUUGCUGGACAGCAGGAUCAGAAACUCUACCCUAGGGUUCCAGAAGAUUUUCGCAAUCGGUUUCAAGGAGCGCACCGAUAAGCACGAUGCGAUCACGCUGGCGGCAUCCUAUACCGGGCUGGAAGUAGACUGGUUUGAAGGUGUCCGAGCCGCCAAUAUCCCUCCGAAAGCAUAUCCAGCUGUAUGGACGGAGGAGAAACAUCGCGAUAAACCAGCCGAACUCGGAAGCUGGCGCGCUCAUAUGAAUGCUCUACGACAUAUCGUGGAGAACAAGAUCAGCAGCGCUGUCCUUAUCGAAGACGAUUCCGACUGGGACGUAAAUAUCAAGGCACAAAUGGUCGAAUUCGCUCGGGGCACUAGGGCUCUUCUGGGAACGGAUGGUGUUCCCUUCUCCCCGUACGGCGAUAGCUGGGAUAUGCUAUGGCUAGGGCACUGUGGAAUAAAUUUGCGAGGAGACCCAAAGUUUUAUGUGAUUCCGAACGAUUUGACGGUUACACCGCGACCCCACCAGAACGAGUUUGUCCGUCCUGGGCUGGCAGAGGACCCUAAUUUCGAGAAACACCGCCUCAUCUUCCAUGCGGAUAAUGCGAUCUGCUCAUGGGCCAUGGCAUUUACUUAUGAAGGCGCCCGCAAGGCACUCACUGCGUUAUCAUACGUCGGGAUCGAUGAGCCGGUUGAUCUAGGCUAUAACUUCCUUUGCACUAAUAUUCUGCACGUUCCGUAUAAAUGCUUGUCGUCGCAUCCUAGUAUCAUGGGGACCUGGGCGCAACGUGGUCCGGCUUCGCGGGACUCAGAUAUUACUGACGGUGACGAUACAUGGCAUGAAGCAAGCUCUCGGUCCCUCACCUAUAGCACUAUGCUGAAUAUUCUACCUCUCGCGAAUAAUAAGACGACGAUAUCCGCGACGUGGGACGAUGUUCCAGCCCCGAAAAUUGAUACUACGACGUUUAAGAUACCCAGUGGUUAUUUGUACACUCCCGAUCCUGCAUGAAUGUUCAUCGUCAAUGAAAACAUCUUGAUAGAUCAACUCGGAAUUUGUUUCCAGAACAGCACCGAAAGCGCUGAACUUAGAUUCUGGCAAUGCCCGGUGAUCUCUGGUUCUCUAUGGACAAGAGAUUAUAACCUUAAACCUGCCCCGGUUUAAGAAAGUAGGGAGAAGGGCCGUCGAGCCCUUCUAGACGAUCGUCGCUCGGAUAAUGUUUGUUCUGUUCUAUGUUUCCUCUCCGGGUCUCUCCAAUUUAGAUCAAAGGGACGAAGACGAAAAAGUGAUAGAUCUGGCUUGACUGGUGCAUCUCUGGUUCGUGGUUGCCCUUGAUAAUGACAUGUCAAGUGUGUACCGGCCGGAGUGGU